UCUACAUUGAACGUCAUAUUACCAUAGCGACUAAUUAUCUGGUUCCAAUCUCCCUGAUGACACGGCCAGCCACAAAAACAUGAUUCAUUUAUGAAAUUCUCAUCGAAUUAUAAAAGUUCCGCAACGUGGUUUAAAAUGUACUUCGAAUUUGGCUAAAACUCGGCUAUAAACGGCCAGAUAUUUACAGUAUGAGCUCCGUUUGGAAGCGAAUUCAACGCGUUGGAAAACGAGCGUCGAAAUUUCAGUUUAUCGCCUCGUAUCAGACGCUGACGCUUGAGUGUUCAAGGGAUGGAAAGUGGUAGGCAUUUUGGCUCAGUUCUGUGUAUAACUAUAUUUCUGACAGUUCUGUUACGGGUUAUAGCCUUUUGGGAAGUUAAUUGUUGACAUACAAUACCUUAGAAGAUAUGGCUUUAUUGUUAUGUUUUUGUUUGUCUUUAAUAUAACGGGAAAGGUUAAAUAAUAGUUAUAAUAAUACUGUAUUAUAGUCCACAAUCUGCUACACGUUAUAGCGUGCUUUGGCCUGUUUUGGCACUGAAUAUUUUAUUACAUGUAUUGAUAUAAAAGAACCCCUUCGGACUAUAAUAACGUAUUUUUCUAAGGAUUGUAUGGUAUUUUGCGACCCCCUAGCUAGCUAUCAAUGACAGAUUGGUAUUAAUAUUACAGUAUUAAAACAUUUUCUUGUUCUGUGAAACGUAUUCUACCAGUAUUCUGUCUGAAUAUUUAUUUUGCCAUUCAUUCGUAUUAUUAAAAUUUUAAAGUCUUUAAAUGCAAAUCAAUAUCACAUUUUUACCCUUAUUUUAUGCUUUCUUAGCUUGAGACAAGCUAUAAAGCUGUCAUAUACAAGAGGUUUUAAGGACAUAAGAAGUGUUUGAUCCAUGUUUGAAACACGCAAAUGGAACAAGAAUACCUGCACUUGUAUAUUGCACAAGAUUUUUUAACAAAAUGAAAACCAAACCGAAAUGUGUAAUAAUUAAAGCAUGCGGAUGUUAUUGCCGAUCCUUUCCGUUUUCAAAAUCUACUCUUCAGUUUUAAUUUAGGCGUUGAGUGAAUUUUUGCAGUGUGAUACAACAAAUUAAUAAGUUGACAAGCAAUUCAAAACGUAAAUAUUUAAUAUUUUAUGAAGAUUAGGUGUGAAUUUGUACACAUUGUCUUGAAUAACGGCUUGUUGUGAAAUUUAAUCCGUUUAUUGGGAUAUAAUGUAAAUAUUUUGUCUGCUGAAAAUGACUGUUUUAAAAUGGCCUAUCUAUUAUUAGGCAUUGAUAAGAAUAUAAGUUAUAGGAAUUUUGAUGUUAUCUGUAGAUUUUUAAUUGUUAUAAAACCAUUAUUGCAAUUAUGUGCAAUACUGCAUAUGAUGUUGCAAUUAGACAAUUUGUCAUAAUGGUUUUCCCAAAGUCAGGAAAUAAAUUAAAGACUUUGGGUCAUUCCUAAAUGACAGCAGGUCAUUGGAUAAAUAUAGGAUAAAAACUGAAUGGGAGGUCUUGAAUUUCAAUUAAAGACCGACCAUGAGAUUUUUAUGUUGUUUAUAUACCUAUCAUACCCAUUUUCUAUUGUCCUUGAAAGGUUCCUGUUGUGGGACGAAAUAAGGUGUAACAUGCGCAUUACAUAUGCUUUUAAUGUGGUUAAGCAUGUACAGUAUAUAAUUUCAUGUCCCGCAAGCGAAGGAGCAGAUAUUACUGUAUAAAUUCCCUGCACAGGCAAGUUUGACAGUUGAUCCAACUAGUCCUCAUUACCUAAUGGUAGAGUUUGACGGGCCCUGAAGUGCAUGGCUGUUGUCUCUUUCUUGACUCAGAGACGUGCAGCAUUUUCUAGUUGAAAAGAAGAUAUGGUGCUUGAGUUUUGUUGCAAAUUCAAGUUCCAAAUUCAAGACUUAUGCGCCAGGUCUUGAAUUCUUACAUUUGAAUGUAAGACUUGGUACAGGUCUUACAUUCAAAUGUACGACCCAUACCGGGUCUUACAUUUUCUGCCCAGCCUUAAGAACCUGGUCUUUAGUCCGAAACCAAAACCGACCAAGACCAAUAGAAAAUGGGUGUGGUUGGUUUAUCAUACACCAGGAAUGGGAUGGUGGCACUUACCCCAAGAAUGGGAAUGUGGCACUUGCCAUGCAAGUCAUAUAUUUGUCUUUUUGUGAUUUUUGUUAUAAGGCAACCAAAUAAACUAAGUGUUGUCUGGACCAGAAGAAAUCGAAGGAAAGCUGUCAAGGUAUUUAUAGUAUACACAAAAAUAAUAUUCACGUUGAAAGAAAAUGAUGUUGUUUCCAUUUCUGUAAUCUUUUCACUUGAACUUUAGCCAGAAACAUGGCAGCCAAGUAUCGCAAACCCAUUCCGUGGAAUGAUCGUCUGGACUGAUCCUGAAGAAGUGGAGAUCAGUGUCACUCUGUACAAGGAUGCGAGGGAGGGAAGUCCUUUUGAAGACAAACUUUGGACGUUUGUUAUUGAAGAUGUAAGUAAAUAAUUUGUGCCAUUACAAGGAUUGUUUUAUGCCCCUCAUUUUGGUGACCAAACUGUGUAGCAGGUUCCACCUUCAUUGGCAGUUAACCCAUUGAACACCAGUGCUCUCUCUUUGAUGUAAAGUUGUCUGGAGUUAGACAGAGUAAAGCAUAAAAUAAAUUAGGGCACAUAAGAGCACACUGCAAUUUAAUGACUUAAUUAAUACACUAUUGCCAUGUUGACAUAAGUAAAGGUGUGAGGGCACACUCAUUCUAACCUGACUGCCCUUAUCCCUCUCAAGUUGUGUCUGUCAGGAGUCACCAAAAUUUAUACAAAAUUGUGAAACUUUUUAUGGUCUUACAUGGUGAUGUAGAUUGUAACAUCCCUGCCCCAAAUAUCUGCACCCUGCUGCAGUGACUAUAAAAUAUAGAACUUUCGUAUUAGUUAAUAUAACUAGUAAACCAUUCCAUAUUGCACCCUAAUAUGUACCCUAUACUUUAUUACUUACUUUGUCUAACAGCUCAGAUGAUUUUACUUGUCAAGGGGAGAUGAAUAUUUUGAACUGUAUUUUUGUCAAGGGCAGAGCACUGUUGUGAAUUGUAUUUUCAGCCCUUGAAAACGAGGUUGGCAUUUGGACCGACCUAUUAACCGACCUAUUAACCGCCCAGGUCGGCAAAAAUUUGCCUGCCGACCUUAAUUCAACAAAGUAAUAAUUUUUUGGUACUGAUAGAUGUCAAAAGUCAGCGAUUAUAGAAUUUGAUUUGUAGUUCGAUUAACUGAACACACUUCGGUGUAACUGUAAGGUUUAAAAAUUGACAGGUAUUGUAAUUAUAUAAUUUGGUUGUCUGAAGAUCAAAUUUUGCACGUCUGAAAAUAAAAUUUGGCUUUUGAAUUUCUGGCUGGAGGUAACGUUCCAGUUAUACUCCAACAUCAAUGAUUCAUGAAUGCAUGAUCACUAGUGCUUCAAGAUGUGGAACAGAUUUUAAUUAAAAAAUGCCGAGACGGCACGACCUAGGUCAGAUUUAGUUACUGUAGGUAUUUUUUUUUGCCAACCUCAAUUUUGACGGUUUUCGAGGGAUAUAUUUUUACUAUUUUCAUGUAUGGUGUUUAGGAGUCAAUCACUGGGAAACGUCGUCCGGUAGCAAGUGUUUCUGUCAACAUGGUAGACUACCAUAGUGUCGAUCUUCAGACAUUUUGUCUCAAUCUACCUCUCAGACCAGCUUCAAAGAAAGUCAUCUCUGCUUCUCUGGAACUUAACCUGGCUUGUGUACUCUUGAAAGAGGGGAAUGCAACGUAUGUAUGCAACAAAAUUUUUCUCAUCAUAUACUGGAAUGCCAUGUAAUUUACGUAUUGUUUACAAAAGCGUCUUGCAAGUUGAGAUUGUCUUGCACCGAGAUUAAGUUUAUCACAAUGUUCAUGCAGCACCAUAACAGUUAUAUCCAUGGUUUGUGACUAUAAAGUAUGCCUGUUUUUGACAAGCCUUAUUGCCAUGGUUUUUGGCUAUAAAGUAUGCCUGUUUUUGACAAGCCUUAUUGCCAUGGUUUUUGGCUAUAAAGUAUGCCUGUUUUUGGCAAGCCUUGUUGCCAUAGUUUUUGGCUAUAAAGUAUGCCUGUUUUUGGCAAACAUUGCCAUGGUUUGUGGCUAUAAAGUAUGCCUGUUUUUGACAAGCCUUGUUGCCAUGGUUUUUGACUAUAAAGUAUGCCUGUUUUUGACAAGCUUUGUUGCCAUAGUUUUUGGCUAUAAAGUAUGCCUGUUUUUGACAAGCUUUGUUGCCAUAGUUUUUGGCUAUAACGUACGUAUGCCUGUUUUUGGCAAACCUUGUUGCCAUGGUUUGUGGCUAUAAAAUAUGCCUGUUUUUGGCAAGCUUAUAAAGUAUGCCUGUUUUUGGCAAACCUUAUUGCCAUGGUUUGUGACUAUAAAGUGUAUGCCUGUUUUUGGCAAACCAUAUUGCCAUAGUUUUUGGGUAUAAAGUAUAUGCCUGUUUUUGGCCAACCUUGUUGCCAUGGUUUGUGACUAUAAAGUAUGCCUGUUUUUGGCAAACCUCACCAUUCUCAGAAAUCUACAUAUGCAGCAAGUUUUAUAUUUGACUACACACGUAAAAAUGUCACAUCUUGUAACAAGUCUGCCAACAAGCCGUCAACAAGAUGUAUUCGCACUGCUUGUCACAAGUUGUCAACAGGUUUGGAACAACUUGCUGACAACUUGUAACAACCUUGUCGAAAUUAUCAGACUUGUUGCAAGGUUGUUCUGACAAGUCUGUUACAUGCUUGAUAUAACAAGAUUGUUACAACCUUGUGUUGACAACCUUGUAACAUCCUUGUUAUAUCAUGGCUGUAACAAGCUUGUUAGCACAGUCUUGUAACAAGGCUGAUAAUGCCAUCAAGCUUGUUACAAGUUGUUAAUAGCUUGUUUCAAACUUGUUACAACAAACUGGGAACAAGCAGUGCGAACACAACUUGUUGACAGCUUGUGAACAGACUUGUGACAGCUUGUUUGCAGACGUGUUACAACCAUUGAACUAUAAAUAAACUGGAAGGCUAACUCAGGGGGGGAAAUUGAAGCCAGUGCAUUUUAGUUUUUCUGAGUUAUGAGCUGAAAUACUCAACACUGAACGUUGGGCUAUAUAUCAAAUUGAAGCUAUUGAAAAACGCUAUUUGGUGUAGAAAUUUCAAGACUUUAGCUAAAAGAGAAAUAUUGAAAAAACUACAAACAUAAUUACCGAUAAUUUGCCGUUUUGCAGUUGUUUUUGUAUUUUUUAAAUAUUUUUCUUUUCGCUGAAGUCUUGAAAUUUCCACACCGAAUAGCAAUUUUCAAUAGCUUCAAUUUGGUAUAUAGCCCGACGUUUGGGGUCAAGUAUUUCUGCUCAUAACUCGGAAAAACUAUUUUGGCUUCAUCAAAUCAUAGGCUGCCAUCAUAGCAGUUAGCCUUCCAGUUUAUUUAUAGUUCAAUGGUUACAACUUGUGCGUUUUUAAGUGUGUAACACAGGAAAUUUUUAUUUUUGGAUUUUGCUGCCAGGAAGAGAAAUAUAUUAUCUAUUACACCUAGCAUGAACUAAGCCAGGAUAUUGAUCAGUCCCUCAUUAGUCCAGUUUAAUUAAAAAAGAAAACCUGUACUAAACAAAGUUUAUUUAUGCUACUGUAUGUUUCUAUUAGUUUUAAACUGUCCUGCUCCCCAGAGAUGGAAUACAAGUCAUAUCUCUUAUUUCUCCAUUGUACUACAGGAGGAAGCUUAAACAAAACUAACUUUAUUUAUACUGGAUAGCUCUAUGUCCUCUAAACUGUUCAGUAAUGGUUGUAAUUUAAAGAAGCCUUUUUUCUCUGUUUUUGCAGUGAUGAAGAUAUGAUAAGCAUGAGUAGUCUUCUUAGUCUAAAUGAUCCUUAUGGAUCAAAAGAGUUUGAUUAUGAUCAUUCCCCUGGCAAGAACUUUAAAAGAAAUGCUGGGAAAAGACUUUCUCUUAGAUCAGGUUAGAUUUUAUAUUUGCUGACCCAUAUACAGUACUAUGAAAUUAUUAUUUGUAUUGAGUAUGUAUAAUACAGGGUGUGUAAAAAAAACUGAACAGAUAUGAAUAUAUGUUUGCGAUGUUACUCUGAGUGCAUAUCCACACCGGGCGAGCUUGAAAAAUAUGCCCGGCCACGGUGGGAUUCGAACCUACGACCUUUGGAACACUAGCCCAAUGCUCUUCCAACUGAGCUACGCGGUCAGGACGGUUCGAGUAAGAUGGUUCGAGUAAACAUAUUAUUCACCUGAGUACACAACACCAACACAGAAAAAAAUCAUAUUACUAGAACACAUUGGUAUUGAAGGAACUAGAUGCUGUUCCGAAAUAUCACUUACUCGAACCGUCCUGACCGCGUAGCUCAGUUGGAAGAGCAUUGGGCUAGUGUUCCAAAGGUCGUAGGUUCGAAUCCCACCGUGGCCGGGCAUAUUUUUCAAGCUCGCCCGGUGUGGAUAUGCACUCAGAGUAACAUCGCAAACAUAUUAUUCACCUGAGUACACAACACCAAUACAGAAGAAAAUCAGAUAUGAAUAUGCUCUCAAUUUUGCAAAACAGCUAUUAGUAUCCAGUUUUUGAUAUAUAUAUAUAGUUUCCUUGGGUACUUGUAAUGUAGAAUAAUGAAAACAAUUUCUCGAACUCAAAUUUUGUGAACAGGGGGGUGUGUCUUUUCCAACAAACUAGAUAUGGCUUGCGCACGAAAUUUAAAAGCUUUAAUUAUAUUUUGAGUUAAUAGAUGGAACAUUUGUUGGGUUUUUAAUUACUGUACAAAAUCGCAGACAAUUUGCUUUAGUUUAAGCCCCUUUAACUAUUCAUUUUUUUCUAAAAAAAUCAGCCUUUCGCAUGCUUAAUUAAUGCCUUUACUUAAUUUACAUAUUGCUGACAUAUGCAAAUUAGGCAAAGGCAUUAAUUAAGCAUGCAAAUAGCUGAUUUUUAGGGAAAAAUGUAAGUUUACGCGAAUAGUUAAAGGGCUUAAACUUAAGCAAAUUGUCUGAAAUUUUGUACAGUAAUGGACGACUUACGCUUUAGAACAAUUUUUAAUCUGGGAAUAACAAAGGAUAUUUUCUGAAAGAAGUUAUCAAAAUUGGAAAAACUGCAAAGUUUGGUUGCGAGAUGUUGUAAAAUACGGAAAAUAUAGCCCUGCGAAGUUGGCAAAUUUGUAUACAUUUCUAUUACGUGCGGAAAUUGGUAACUAAUUUAGUUACCAAUUCACGCACGUAAUACAAAAGUAUACAAAUUAGCCAACUUUGAAGGGCUAUAUUUUCCGUAUUUUACAACAUUUCGCAACCAAACUUUGUAAUAUUACUAAUUCCAAGACGCUCUUUCCAGCUGUGGUGAUAGAUUUCGUUGUUCUUACUUAGAUUAAAAUUUAGUCUUUAGCGCAAGUCAUCCAUAAAAACCCAACAAAUGUUUCAUCUAUUAACUCAAAAUAUGAUUAAAGCUUUUAAAUUUCGUGUGUGCAAGCCAUUUUUAGUCUGUUGGAAAAGACACCCCCUGGUUCACAAAAUUUGAGUUGGAGGAAUUUUUUUCAUUAUUUUUUAUUCUACAUUAUAUAUACCCAAAGAAGCUAUAUACAUAAAAAACUAAUUGUUGUUUUGCGAAAUUGAGAGCAAUUUCAAAUAUAUUAAUAUAUUUUUCAGGUAGUUGCAUCCCCACCAUACACGGCUAAAAACGCGCAGGUUGUUGCAAGUUGAUAUCGACAGGCAUGAACAAUGUUGUGCGGCCAACUAUGAACAAGUUGUCAACCAUGUUGUUCCAAGUUGUUACAGUUGAACAAUGCUGUAACAACAUGUUAACAAUACUGUUCACAGUGGGCUGCACAACCUUGUUCACGCCUGUUGAUAUGAACCUGGAACAAGUUGUUGAUUUUCUCAAUUUUUACGCGUGUAAAUAUCUUAUAUACACUAGAUAGCUCAUCUCUUUUAGUAAAAUUGAAGCGAAGAAUAUUCCAGCGGUUACUCCCGUUUGAAUAGAUGGCGGCCAUGUUGGUAGUUCCCACUCGUUAAUAAACGCUUAUAAAAACAACAAUAACUUUCAUCAUUUGAAUAGUUUAAAAAUGUAUUUGGAGUAGGUUUAACUUGAUGUUUAAGUUCCCUGUUUAAAAAUAGAAAACGUACGAGUCUUCUCAUUUCAUGGGAAUAUCCUGAGUCUGCAAUCACGGCUUCAAUUUUUGAAUUGCAGAAUAAUUAGAUACACUAUCUAGUGUAUAUAAGAUAUCUAUGAUCCCUACCAACGAAAGCUUGUUAAUAGUAUGUUAUGAUGAGUUUUCACUUUUUCACUCAUUUUUUAGCCAAAUCAAAGAGCAAGCCAACAUUUAACAUGGCCACGAACACAGGGAGCCCCAAAGAACCGAAGAAAAACAUGAAAAGCAAAGGAAAGGCUCAGAAGAAUGAAAAAAUGAAUAUGUCAUUGCCGGCAACCAAUCAUGUCACAGAGAAUGGUUUGAAUAAAGCAUUAAGCACGAGUGACACUGAUCUUUCUAAGAUUAUAGAAAACAAGCCUAGCCCCAAACUGGUGAGUUGAAACCAAUGCUUGAAACAAUUAGCCAUUCCAAAGUUGAUGAGUGGACUGGGGACGAAUGUUAAAAAGUGCACAAAUUAAGAAAUGAACCAAAUCACUAAAAAGACCACCUCAAAAUUAGUAAGUAUGCAAAGUUUGAAGACAUUUACAUGAAUACCCUUUGAAUAAUAAGCUUUCGAAAAUCGCGAUAUUUACUAUGAAAUAUACUGUAAUUUUUGUUUUUGGGGACGCGCGUCCCAAAAACAAUCUUUUAAUCAGUAAUUUCACAAUUUUCGAAAGCUUAUUAUUCGAAGGGUAUUCAUGUAAACGUCUUCAAACUUUGUUUACUUACUAAUGGUGGUCUUUUUAGUGAUUUGGGUCAUUUCUUAAUUUGGGCACUUUUUAACACUCGUCCCCAGUCUACUCAUCAUCUUCGGAAUGGCUAAUUACUAGAUGUGAUUAAGGCACUCCCCCAUGGUCGGAUUUUGAAGGGAGGUGCGUACCUCCCCUGAGAUCGUGCUGCACCUCCCCUGAGAACUUUUGCACCUCACCUGAAACGCCAUGCACCUCCCCUUGGGAAAGUUUCUCUAUGAAGGUCGAGGGUAGGGUAUUAAGUUAUGCAGACGGGCAGGUUUUUCUUAACAAGUUUUCCUGGACAAGUUUUAUUUGCCUGUAUGUAUGACAAAACAUUUGGAGCCUUGUUCGAAAGCUAGUUAUGCCUAGCUUUGGACAAGGAAAAUUUGUUCGUGUGUACGGCCGCUAUAGAAAACUUGACAACUGUGCAAGAAAUACUUUUAUGACAAACAAAAGACGUGAAGGAAAACUUGCUUUAGUACUCUUAAUUUGACUGCUCAUUUAAAAAAAAAAUUAUUUAAGUGCCUAUAUCAUGGUUUUGGAGUUUGCAUAUCUCGAAAGUUUAGAGUAUUUUAAGACACUUUGCAAAAUAUUUUGUUAUUGAAAAAUUUCAUCUUGCUGGAUUUAUUAGCUCUUAAAGUUACCGGACAUGACGUCAAAAGGUCGUUUUCCUUUGUAUCAUUGCAACAAAAUUAUCCUUUUGACGUCAUGUCCGGUAACUUUAAGAGCUAAUAAAUCCAUCAAGAUGAAAUUUUUCAAUAACAAAAUAUAUUGCAAAGUGUUUUAAAAUAUCCUAAACUUUCGAGAUAUGCAAACUCCAAAACCAUGAUAUAGGCACUUUAACUUUACAAUCAUAUUAUAUAAAAAAUACACAUACAGCUAUGAUUGAAGGAUUGGACAACGAUUCAAUUUUUUUCAAUUCAAUUCAAUUCAAUUCAAUUCAAUUCAAUUCAAUUCAAUUAGAGUCUCAUACUAAGUCCAUCCAUCUAACACUAAAACACGACAUAUUACGGACUACAAACUGGACAACGUAAUACUGAUUUUACAGGCCUUUACACUAUAUAAAUCAUUGACUGUUCAUUGCUUUCCAAUGGCAUAUUAUUUUUUAAUUCUUUAGAAAAAGAAGGAAGAACAAAUGUCUGCUCCUGAGCAAAGUUUACUGAGUACGUGUUCACAGAUAAAUAUGUUGUAUUACUUGCAUUAAGUUGGCAAAAGCACCAUAUUCAUGAAUAUUCAUUUAUUAAACACGUAUUUAGAUAGACAGAAAACUUUAUUUAAACAUGCUGACCCCGUCAACCGAAGCUGAUUUCCACGAGGGGCGUGCGAAAAAGUAUAUACAGAAAAUAAUUUUAAAACUAUUUACAAAAUUAUAUAAUUAGAUAUAUAGUAUUAUGUGAACUAACAAAAUUGACAAGAGUAAUAAUCUAUUCACAUGCAGGUAUAUAAACAUCUGCAGUGUGUAAAAAAAACCUGAACCCUUUCAAAUUCAAAUUAGCUAUAACGUAUUGUAGUAAUUUGACAGCUCUAAUUGCUUUAAAUUAAUGGUUGGAUAAGAACACUAGGUCUUGUACUCAUGGGACAAAACUCAAAGAAAUAAAAAUUAGAAAAUUUAAAAGAAAUACAGUAUUCCUUGUGUUCUUACCCAACCAUUAAUUCAAGGCAAUUAGAGCUGUCAAAUUACCACAAUACGUUAUAGCUAAUUUGAAUUUGAAAGGGUUCAGGGUUUUUUUUAUACACCCUGUAUAUUUUCAAUUAGCUAUCAAUCAAUGUGCGUAGCGAUUUUCUUUCGAAAGGAAGAAAAAGAUUCGCGCUCUCUAAUUUCUUUAGGAAUAGAAUUCCAAAGGUGUGCUCCGUCAUACAUAAAACUUUUUUCAUAUUAUUAGUAUACAGUUGUGCUAAACAAAGACUACUUGAAAUGUUCCUAAGUUUAUAGUUUGUCAUCUCACCUUUAUAUGUGAAGAGAUUAGUGAGUGAUUUAGGUCCCAUUUUAUUCUCAGAAUGGUGCCAGGAAUGCGUUGAAGGUUAUACCAAUGUGGAAGUCACCAACAUGACAACUUCGUGGAGAAAUGGCUUGGCAUUCUGUGCUAUUAUUCAUCAUUUUAAUCCAGAUAUGAUGUAAGUGCACGUGACUAGCCAGAAUACUGUAAUAUUUGUCGUGUCCAAUGCAGUCGCCAAGAUAACCGAAAAAAUGUCACAAUUUUAUAAUUGGUUUCCUGUAGGAAAGAUUUGGAAAUUUCGUUUAGUAUAAGAAGUAAAUUAUUUUCCUUUUGUAGAGAUUUCUUGAGUCUAAAGCCAGAUAAUAUCAGAGAGAACAACAGACUUGUAAGUGAUGGUUAUUUUUGCUUUAUAGUGUAUGUAAAAAUAAAAAUUAAAAAAUAUAUAUAUAUAUAUACAUAAUAUGUAGCAAGCCGGUGACAAAUCUAAGUUUGUUUGAACAGAAUGUGUGAUAGUGUAGACAAUGAUUAGUUAAAGUUCCAUUAUCUGUGAUGAUUAAACUAUUUAUACUAAAUAGUUUUUCCACUAACUAGCUCUAAACUGUCCUCCCUAAUGGUCUUGUAAGGACCAUCUUUUAUUGCUCCAGUGUUACUACAGAAGGAAACAAAAGUACCUGGAGAAUACUUGCCGUGUUUGGUAGACUCAAUGUGGGAGCACAAUUAUGAACAGCAUCAUAAAUGGAAGGGUCCCAUGAGAUUUUUCUAUAUGAUACAAGACUCUCCCACCCCACCCUUACUAUUUAUUAUCCACUUGGUUUAGGCGUUUGAAGCAUUUGAGUAUCUGGGCAUAUCAAGAAUGUUAGACCCUCAUCAGAUGGUUCUCUCCUCCGUGCCAGAUAAACUUCUGAUAAUGACGUACUUACAUCAGAUAAAACUAUACUUCACCACGAAGAAGAAGACCGCUGACGAUGAGGAUGAUGAUGAUGACGUCACCAUGGAAACGAUAGUUGAGGCCGAGCGGAGCCUGAGACUCAACACCGAAUCACUUAUAAAUGAUAUUGAGAACAACGAUUUCACGAGGGUUAAAAAUCGUGAGACGGAUGUUAAAACAGAUACCUCAAAAGGCGUUAAAACAGAUACCUUAAAAGGUGUUAAAACAGAUACCUCAAAAGGCGUUAAAAUGGAUACCUCAAAAGGUGAUAUAACGGAUACCUCAAAAGGUGAUAAAAUGGAUACUUCAAAAGGUGAUUUGAGUAAGAUUGAAUAUGAAGUUAAUCCGGGAUACAAUCCGUUUGAUGAAGACGAGCCCAUCACUGAAGAUGACAUUGACAUUGGAUUCACUCCAGAAAGUUUGGAGGACAGGAAUGUUAAAACAAAACCUUGUGACACAACUGAUCCAGAAGGGAAAAAACAGAAUGAUAAUGUUAUAAAAGAUGAAAAUAGUCCAGAUAAGACAUCAGAAAAACUGGAAGUGGGUUCUAGUCGGAAUGCAAGUCAGAAAAUGGACAAAAUUGAACAUGAAAAUUUGCCAGAAAAUAAGGAUAAAGGUUCCCGACAUAGUGUACAGGAGGAGACCCAAAAACAAGAGCGACAAAAUUCUCCAAAAAAAGUUCAAAAACCAUCACCAAGAGAACGAAAAAUUACGGAAGAAGAUCCGUGGAAACUAGGGAGUAGUGUUGGUAUAAAAAAUGAAAAUAAACAUAAAAUUAAAGGCAAAGACGUUGACGCUGUCCUAACGAAACCAGAACGACUUGAUGUUACAGGUAAUAAGUCAUUGCAAGAAACUGUAUUAUAUUCUCCUAAACCUGGCUAUAACCCUUUCCUUGAGGAAGAGGCUGAAGGGGUGAAUGUGAAAACCGACGAUGAUGCCGAAAAACUAAAAUUGGAAAAUGAGUUUUCAGAGAAAGCAAAAUUGAGUUCUCAGAAUACAGAAUAUGGGAGAACUCAGGAGGUAGGAAAAGCAAAAUCAUUAAAUCCAUUUGAUGCAGAUUAUAUAGAUGAUGAUGUUGGCGAUACUAACUCUGCUACGACAAGUAAACCUAAAAGCUUGAAUCCAUUUGAUGAUGACUUUGACGAGCCAUUCGAGACAGACUUAGAUGAAGUACUGAGUGGAAAUAAUAUUGCAAAAACUGGAAGUGGGGUGGAUAGAGAUCUGGGAAUUAGUAGCACGGAUAAGGGUCUGGGAACUAGUGAAAUAGAUAAGGGAUUGGGGACUAGUGAUGCGGAUAAGAGUCUGGGAAAUAAUGAUAUUAGUGCAGACAAAAGAUUGGGAACGACUAACAUUGAUGAGGUUAUAGUUGGUAAUACUAGCCCAAGGAUUGAUUCAAAUAGACUACAAAGAAAAACUGAUAAAAGGCUGGACAAAAGUGUCACUACUAAAGCUGCUAGUAAGAACGAUAGUACACAGAAUAAUACUUCACCAGUUCGCGGUAGUAGAAAUCUUCCAAAGAUUACAGGUACUAGUAGUUCUUUGCCAGUGAGGUCCACAGAAAAUGUUCAAGUUACUCAAAUGCAUCGUAAAGAACCAAGACGGCCUGGCGAGAGACCAUCAACACUUGCGGCAAAGGUGAGUACAGUACUUCUAACCAUAGAUCAUGAUAGAUCUAACCAUAGAUCAUCAAAAACUAGUGUUUCAAAAACUGAACUAACUUCAUUUAGACUAAAUCCUAUCAGUUCUUAACUGUUCUACACACGCAAAAGUCUCGCAUCUUGUAGCAAGUCUGCCAACAAGUUGUUUCCGCACUGCUUGUCCCAAGUUGUCAACAAGUUUAGAACAAGCUGUUAAGAACUUGUAACAACCUUGUUGAUAUUAUCAGACUUGUUGCAAGGUUGUUCCAACAAGUUUGAUACAGUAAUGAUAUAACAAUAUCAUGCAUGUAUCAUCAGACAUCAACCUUGUAACAAGUUGUUAACAGUUGAAGUCCGAUCAUUUAUCAUAUUAUGUUUUCUGUUUUUCAGCCGCCUAUCGAGAAACAGCUGACGGAAAGUCAUAUCAAGCUGAAGAGACCAGAGUCCGAAAACCUGGUAAAUCCUACUGUUUAUACAUUUGGUCCUAUUUCUCUAAUCUUGCACAACUAAAAUUUCUUCUUCCGCCCACAUUUAGGGUAGAAAAGAAACACCUACGUCACCUACACCUGCUCGUGGGCAACUCAGUCUACCAACCUCGCCACGAAGGAGGAUUCCAUCUUUUCAAGAAUGGAAGGCGAAGAAAUCUGUAAGUUUCUCAGAAAAUGUUGUUUAACAUUAUGUGACAUACUGUUUCUGUUUAGGGCUAAUGAAUGUAUAUAAAAUUUCCACUUGUUGUAAUAGACAAUUAACAAAUAUAAAACAUUUUCCGUGUUGAUAUACAGUUAUAUCAACACGAGUGGAAUUGGGAAAAAGAGAAAUUGUAUGGAAACACGACGCCCGAAGGGCGGAGUGUUUUCAUACAAUUUCGAGUUUUCCCAACUUCCACGAGUGUUGAUAUAACUAUAUAUCAAUACGGAAAAAUGUUUUAUAUUUUUUUUAUAAUAUAGCAAUGUCAAAAGCCCGAAGGAUAAGAAAAAAUUCCGUGUUUACAAGCGGCGGAAAAUUUCCCGUGUUGACAUUGGGUUAUAUCAACACGGCUCUUAGCCAAUCAGCGUUCAGAAUUUACAAAUGCUAUAUUAUAAUUCCCAUUGUAGACUAAUUUUGAAACUUAGGCAAGGAGAUGCAAGUAAAUCAACCCAGCUAGAAAGAGCACACUAAAAUGAAUAAAAUUGCAAAGUUUGGUUGCGAAAUGUUGUAAAAUUCGGAAAAUAUUGCGUGCGGAAAUUGCUACCAUACUUGGGUCUUUUGGCCCAAGUAUGGUAGCAAUUUCCGCACGCAAUACAAAAGUAUACAACAUUUGUCUAUAAUGGGAGUAACAAAUAGUCUAUAAUGGGAAUUGUCUAUUUCCAUCCACAAAAACACUUCAUAUAUUAUGUAAGUACUUAAUUGUGACGUUCUCUCAGUAACGUAUUGCUAUCUUCCUCAGGAUGAUGCAGCCAAACAGGAGGAAAUCAAAGCUCAAGCACGACAAAUGAUCAAAGAGGCCAGAGCUAGAACUGCAAAGUCUCAAAACGUCUCAAACAGUGAACAAGGUAAAUAUCUUAAUUUCAUGAUUUGUUUGCUUUUAAAAAAUGGUGUGUUUCGGGUCUCUGUUCGCUUCACAACAGCAAUAUUUCGUGAAAUUUCUCUGACAGUUCAGAUAGAUAUCUCAUGCCGAAGCAUAAUGCAACCUCUCUUUAACUUCGCACGAAAGGUCGUUAACCUUUCAGUUGAAAGGUUUUUGCAGAUGAGAAUUUCGAGCAAAGGAUUAUAUACCAAUUUAGAUCUAACCAUGUAUGUGUCCUUAUGUUUCAGAGGCCCAAGACAAUGCCGUGUCUUCUCGAAUUCCUGUACCAGCAAACGCCAGUCUCCCACGGUUACCAACGUCCAAGAAGUACAAGGCACCAGAACCUCCAAGUGUAACUAGACAAGGCAGCCUGGCGUCUAAAUUGAAGGUAGGUAUAGUGUUAUUGGCGGACUUUAGUAAACGUCACAAAGCAGAAUAUUGUGAUAAGCUUGCCCAGUGUGGAUGUAACAUCACAAACAUCGUAUUCACCUCACUACAUAACACCAACACACACAGAAAUCAUUGAAAUAAUUUGUGAGCUCCUAAGGGAAUAUAUAUUAUGUGUUUUGUUAUAUAGCGAUAUUGCCUGUUGAGUAUUGUUCUUCUCUGUUUGAUACUGUAGUCUUUCUGGCGAUAAACAAGCUUUUACUUAAGUCAUUAUGCAUUUGUGACGUAAAUUCCGGAUAUUUUCAUACCAAACAAACUGGAAUAUCUGAGAAACAAAGUGAGCAAAGGAAAAUCUUCAAAAUAAGUUAUUAUAUCAUUUCAGAAGUUCUUAAGAAUGAAAUGAUAAAACGAAUUGAGUUUAAGUGCACUUUAAGUCCUUGAGUUCACUGUGACGACUCACCUAUACUAGACUAAGUAAGUUUUUAGAUUAAUAACACUGGUAGUUUGCUACAAACUAAACUGAUCUGCGUUUUUUAAGGACGAGAUUGAAUACCAAAAGAAAAUCACAGAAAAAACUCGAAAAACUUUGGAGUCUUCUCGCAUUAAAAGAAUUAAUCCAAAACAAGAGGGUGUGGUAAGUUCAUUUAGCGCAAACGUUUGGAUUGUGAUCCAGUGGCCGCCUCCUGGACGCCCAUGUUUGAAAUAUCCUUUCUUUUUUAGCCAGGAGUUGAGAAACGAAGCGAGCGAAGUGAACUUGUGCAGCAAGCAAUAAGGGAAGCCAGGGAAAAACCGAACAAAAAUCCGACCCCCCCUGAGACUGCCGAUGACGUGAGCAAGGAAACCGCUGCUAUGACGAGCCCGCCGAAACCACCGCGCGUAUACACUUAUACUGAGGAGACUGAGUCCGAACCGCGAGAUGAACCGCAAGAGAUUGGGUCUGAGUCGCAAGAGAUUGGGUCCAAGCCGCUAGAGACUGGGUCCGAGCCGCUAGUUGAACCUCAAAAGACUGGGGAUGAGAAGGGAGAGGAUGGAACUGAAGCCAACUCGUCUUUACAGCAAAAUCCAUUUAAAUUGACAUUCAAAAAGAAAGAAUCAAUCCCUCAGGCUGUUGUGAAGCCGGUGCCUUCGACUGUUGGUAUGUUUGGUGUAUAAUUGUAAGAAUUGACGUAAACUGGCUUUGUGUAUACUGGAUAGCUCUAUCAUUUCUAAACUGUUCUCCCUAGAGGUCCAGUGAGGUCCACCCAUUAUUCAGUUAGUAUUACUGCAGGAGGAAACGUAAACCAAACUAAACUUUAUUUAUGCUGGAUAACGCGAUCAGAUUCAAACUAUUUUCGUAGGAGGUACAGCAAGUUUUAGUAGAGGAAAAAUUCCGAGUAAGCUGAGAAGUUGGUCAAACCAAAGCCACUCUUCUCACGUGUAACUGAGGUGAAAUUAUUAGCAGACCACUGUAUAUUGCAGGAGUCAAUCCCCGGUCACAGAGAUGAACUCAUAAACGGCACAUAUUUAACCUCUCUGUCACCUAUGUCAUGCAUAAAGAUGAUCUCGGUAAUUGCUAUAUAGCCUGCUUGCAGCCUGGAAUUUAGAAGAGGAAAUUUUUUGUUACAUUUCCAUGUCCCGCAGUUACGAAAGAUGAUUGUUAGGGAUAGGAUUAGGUUUCGUGAUUGCGUGACAUGAGAAGAUAACCAACAUUUUCCCCCUUCUGAAUUUCCGGCUGCGAGCAAGCUAGGUUGUCCAAGUCGACUCGCAUAUUUUGGACACAGAAUUUUGGAUGUGAGUAAAAACGAGUGUGCGAGUCGAGCUGUAUAAAGCAAGUCUAGGUAAUUCCCAUGCAUUCGAGUUAUUUGAACAAACGAGACUUUGUGUUGUUAUUGUUCAGGUCGAGAUACAAAGAUUGAUUUAAAAAAAUACAGCGUGAAAGCUCGUACAUUCAGUGAAUCACACAUUGACAAUAGUGCGAACAGAUGUUCUGGUCAGCUGUCAAGCAGUCAAGGUACAGUUGUUAUGUAUAUUGCCGUAUUUAAUCUCGAAAAUUUCCACGAUUAUUCUGGAAAAUUUACAUACUCUGGAAGUGGGCAAAACUUUUGGAAAUUGAAUUUCUAAUGUUUUUUCCAAAUAAUUUUUAUUGUAUUUCCACAGUAUGGAAGUGUUUCAUAUUUUGCAGUGUAAAUUUCAGUGUUUCGGAAGCAGCGCUUAUUUAGGGCGGCGUUUAUUCGGGGGAUGGAGCAAAACGUCUGAUUAUCAUUGUUGUGUCUUUGAUUGUUAGAGUCACUAUCGGAUCAUGCUCACUCAUCCGAAGAAGACGUCAAUGAUAUACUGGAUAAUGUGAGUGGUUGUAAUAGAGCCGUCACGAAGAGGCUAAAGCAGGGAGUGUAGUAUCCCAUUUAGGCAUUUGCCGGCAACAUUACAGUCUCCAAUUGAUAUAUCUUUUCCCAAGAAAUAUUGGGGGGGGGGGGGAUUAAAAAAAAUUUCGGACAUACCAUUUUUCACUAAUUUUCGGGUUAAUACACCGUAAUUUGUUAAAUUUUUAGGUAGUGUUUUCGUAAAUUUAUCAAAAUUUUUGCUAUAACUAUUACUUUUUAUAUAUUUUUGCUGAUAAAUCCAUUAUUUUGCCGACAAAAUGUGUUCUAAUUCCUGUGUUCUAAUUCCUGUGUUCUAAUUCUCCGGUUGACGGUAAUGACAAAAACAUUAGUCGAGUCAUUAGAAGACUGCAUCCCAAAUGUCGCUUAACGCCGAAACCAGAGAAUGUUCAGCAGAAUGUGACAGAUGACACAUGUAUGUUGUUCAAUCUUCCUUAGGUUGGUGAUGCAUCUGAGAGUGAAAAUAAAACCGAUGAGGAAUUAUAUGAUAAUGGGGAAGAUGAAGAGGUUUGCUUGUAUUUUUAUCCAUUAUAGACCACUGUUACAGACUAACUUAUAAUUUGUCAUUUCAACUUAUAACAUGUCAUCACGACUAAUAACGUACUACUGGGCUACUAGUAAACUUUGAUAUUAAUUCGUUUUUCCAAAUCUUUAGGGCUUCCAGGAUACAUCUCAGUAUGUUGAACAUGAGAUAGCAGUGUUAGAAGAAGAUCGUGUAGCAUUAGAUCGCGUUGCAGUUAAACUUGAAAAAGAACUGAGAGAAGCAAUGAAUACUGCAGGUAAAUUCUCCUUGUUUUUUUCUCACGUAGUCCACGUAGUUGUAUGCCUAUUCUAUUAUUGGCACUGUCCUGCGCUGGCAUAGACUAUUUAUAUUAAAAAGGCCGACGAGAGCCAACCACGGACCCCGGGGCAAAAUGACGAAUGGUGAACACAGGCCCCCUGUCCCUCUCGACUCUCUCGCUGGCUAUUUUUAUUCGCGAUUAACGAGAGAAUUACCAGCGAAUUACUUGCACGAAAUCGGCGCAUAACUGAUAAAACGCAAUGUGAACGAUGUUCAGCUAACUGUUCUUGCUGAGAAAACGAUCGAAAAAUCGUUUAUUUCACAUUUGGUACGUUUUACGAUCGAUGACGACGAUCAGCGGAUAGUGUGCAAGUAGGCGUAUUUCAUUUAGGACAAACAUAAAGCGAUGAUAAACAAUACGAACGUUUUACAGAUAUUUCCGGGCCCCUCUGAGCACUCCGGGCCCCGGGUAUUUUGCCCCUGCCCCCCUCUGGCCGACCUUGUUUAUAUAGAUUAUAUAGAGAAUAAUACCCAUGUGCGCGGAAAUACCAGAUUUAUUUCUCGUGUUGAACAUGAUACCUCAACGAGUGAGAUAUCAUGUUCAACACGAGAAAUAAAUCUGGUAUUUCGGUGAUCGGCUGUUGUUUCAAGCCCUGCUUGUUGAAAAACAAAAUGAAAAACAUAUUUACAUCAGUAAGAUACUUUUUGUUUUUCAACAGGCAAUACUGUGUGAUUCUAAAAAAAUCAGAUCUAUUAAAUCGUGAAUAUUCUAUUUUAAAAAAACUAUAUCAUACCACCUUAAGCUAGAAGUGUAUUUUUAUUUAGUUAUUUCUUUCUUCAGAUUGUAAAGAUGAAGAACAAAGAUUAUUCCAAGAAUGGUUCUUGCUUGUUAACAAAAGAAAUGAAAUUGUUCGAAGACAAACUGAAUUGAGUAUACUGUAAGUAAUACAUAAAGCAAAUACAUAAAGCAUAUACAUACAAUUAUCACCACUGCCAUCACCAGUAUCACCACGGUCAUCAUUAACCAACAACAAACAGGAUCACUAUCAUAAUUACCACCAUUACUGUGUCAUCACCAUCAUCACCACCACCAUUACAUCAACCAUUAUCACCACGAUGACCACCGUUAUCACCACUACCCACAUUAUGUUCAUCACAACUACCAGCGUUUCCAUCAGCACUUCUGCCACCAUCACACCAUUACCAUCUUCACCAUAAAACCAUCUUCACCAUAAAACCAUCUUCACCAAAACCAUCUUCACCAAAACCAUCUUCACCAUAACCAUCUUCACCAUAACCAUCUUCACCAUAACCAUCUUCACCAAAACCAUCUUCACCAAAACCAUCUUCACCAUAACCAUCUUCACCAAAACCAUCUUCACCAUAACCAUCUUCACCAUAACCAUCAUCACCAUAACCAUCAUCACCAUAACCAUCAUCACCAUAACCAUCAUCACAAUAACCAUCUUCACAAUAACCAUCAUCACCAUAACCAUCAUCACCAUAACCAUCAUCACCAUAACCAUCAUCACCAUAACCAUCAUCACCAUAACCACCAUAACCAUCAUCACCAUAACCAUCAUCACCAUAACCAUCAUCACCAUAACCAUCUUUACCAUAACCAUCAUAACCAUAACCAUCAUCACCAUAACCAUCAUCACCAUAACCGUCGUAACCAUAACCGUCGUAACCAUAACCACCGUAACCAUAACCAUAACUAUCAUCACCAUAACCAUCAUCACCAUAACCAUCAUCACCAUUACCAUCUUCACCAUAACCAUAACCACCAUAACCAUCAUCACCAUAACCAUCAUUACCAUAACCAUCAUCACCAUAACCAUUCAUCACCAUAACCAUCAUCACCAUAACCAUCAUCACCAUAACAUAACCACCAUAACCAUCAUCACCAUAACCAUCAUUACCAUAACCAUCAUCACCAUAACCAUUCAUCACCAUAACCAUCAUCACCAUAACCAUCAUCACCAUAACUAUCUUCACCAUAACCAUCUUCACCAUAACAAUCAUGGCCCCGUAUAACUUACGUAAACAAUUAGUCGAAAUGCUUGUCAUAUCAAAGCUAGAUUACUGCGACACAGUUUAUAGUCCUGUACAUGACUACCAACUAAAGAGACUACAGCGCAUCCAAAAUGUAUGCGCUGGUUUUGUUAAAGGCUCUUACGCUAAAGUUGCUGGCGUCAUUAAUAUUGGUUGGCUCCCUAUUAAGGAGAGACGCGACUGGCACAUGCUAAAAAUGGCACACAAAGCAUUACAUCAAUCCCCAUUUGCCUUUAGAGAAAAAGAGGAAGAUCUAGAGAAACGUUUUGAAUUAUUGAACCGAGAACUUCGAUUUUUAAUGGCUGAUAAUAGUAAGUUUAAAAUUGUUCCUAAUUAGCCUUUCUCACGCCGCCAUUUUUGGGUGGCUUUUCAGCUGAAGUCUGCGAGAUAAGUCCACAUAACAGCG